AUGAGUAGCAUGGAGGGAGUUAUCAGCGCCAAUCAUCCACCGCCAAUCGCUACUGGUUCCGGUGGCUUUUCCUCCUCCUUCCUCCGCCGUCAAAGGAAAGAUACCUCGAGCUCAAGCUUGACCUCUACCUCUACCUCGACGACCACUGACGACCACGACCUCCCUCCUCCUAUCCUCCCUGACACCGAUCACUCUGCUCGAUCGAUCGUCGCAUCUAGCUCAUCCCCGGUCCGCAGGAAACCUUUGCCGAGCAAUGCGUCGCCCGUGAUCCUAUCUAGACUAUCCCAAGGUUCAUCUUUAUCCUCACCACUACUCUCGCCGCCACCAACUCGAAUACCUCCACCCUUGCUUCCACAAACACCACCUUCGUCCAGACCUCUUGCGACUGUCCCAGCUGGCAGACAAUCGACAGAUUCUUCUUCAAGGCAACUUGAAACCGUCGACGAGGUACUUCCUUUUGUCCCAAGGGAUCUUGACCGCUAUCCUCGAGGCCAGUCUCCAUUGAUCCCCUUUCCCAUUGAUACCUCUCGCACCUACAAAGACUUUCAGCAAAAACAAUCCAAUUUCUCUUACAAUAGAGUCGACGACGACUUCUAUCUGCCGCAUGGGACCCCUAUCCACUCCCGUCUUUCAAGCGAACCCAUUAUCCCGGUGUUGAGGUCGCCGCCUCCGUCUACUAAUCAUAAGAGGUCCGAGACUAUGGCCUUGCAGCCUCCUCAGAGCCGGCCUCCACCUCUAAAUAUUGACGCCAGUUUAUCAGCUAUGCCCAGUCCAGGUGACAGGCAGCCAAAGACGCCCGGUAAUAAAAUCACUUCAUUCUUCGGAUGGAAAACAACUUCAUCUCCCGGAGCGGAGUCAACAAGCACUGAAAUUAGUGAUACCGGCCGUUCUCCGUUGCCUUCGCCCUUACCACAGUCUGCUAGUGCUCCUUCUUUCACAACCAAAGCCACUUCUUCUUUUCCUACCUCGAUAUCUGAAAAUAACAUCCAUGGAUUUCCUUUACCUCCCGCCCGUAUGGGAUCGCUCAGUGGCCCGGCUUCCGGUAGCAAUGCAGACUUCAUGAACAAGAUCUCAGACCUCGAAGCCGAGCUCCGAGAGAUUAGUUCUGAGCUUGCUGGUUCUAUCCGUCGGGAAAUGGAACUGGAGGAUCUUGUUGAGAGGUUUCAGCUAGAGUCACACAACGAUGCCAACCGAAGGACAAGUGAUUACUUCUCGGACUCUGGUAUGAGUGGUUCGAUACGAACAGGAACGGAUGGCGGCAAAGUUGAAGAUAUUGAGCGGAUAAAGCGAGCCGCAGAGCAGGAACGGGCUCAGUUGAAAGUCGAGCUGAGUCAAAAAUGGCAGGAGGAGCGUUCCAAGCGAGCGGCUUGCGAGUCACAUGUCCAGAUUCUUGAAAAUCAAGUUCAACAGUUCCGUGCUCAACGCGUCGACAACUCAAAUCUAUCCUCGAAAACAAGAGAGUUGGAGGUUGCCCUGGAUGACACUCGACGAAAACUCCUCGAGGAAAGACAACUAAAGGACAACUUUGAGGACUUACUGACAGCUAUGCGUGUGGAACUAGAGCAACUUCGUAACGAGCGUGAUCAUUUCCGUGACGAGGUUGUUCCUGCUUUGCAGGCAGGACAGGCAGGACAGAAAAACCGAUUCCAGUCCAUAGCAGAGGAGGACGGUGUCGUCCGUAACCGUGGAUCUAUGGUUGGCUUGUCGAGAUCGAAUUCCCUGGCCCGGGUGCCGAAGCGGUCGAGUAUGGCCGGUGGUGGUGGUCUAUCACGAUCGAAUUCGAUCUCAGCGGGAAACAACAGACAAGUGGAGUCGCGCGAAUCAUUAGCUGAUCGAGUAAAGGACGUCGAAGCCCAGCGGGAUGCCUUGCACAAGGCAUUGAAGAGUCUUUUGGAUCGACAAGCAUGGCAGGCUCGUGAAAAUGAGAAGCGGAUCACAAUUCUUGAGAUGGAGCUGACUAAGGCCCAAGAUAUCGGCUCUCCUCGAAAGCUAGGCUACGAAAGGGAAGUUCGAAAUCUUCGGGAAGAAAUCAACCUCCUGCGACGACGGGCCGACGAUGCUCUCGAACAAAAGUGGCAGUGUGAGAAAGGUUUGAGUGGUCUCAAAAUGGAUUUGGACCGUGCAGAACAAGAGACUACUUCGUUGCGUAUGCUCUUGCAGGAGCAUGACAUUGCACUACCGGCAGGAAUGGAUAUGGCUUCGAAUGAAGAGGGACUGGCCAAUAUGCAAAUCACCUCGUCGGCAUUAGAAUCGGCCUAUCAACAGUUGCAGGCAGAAAUGGAAUCGGCUGAAGCAGAAUCCUGGUCUCCAGAAGAUGUCAAUCGUACGGAAAAUCUAGCUGGGCAAGUCCGUCAGCAACUCGAGACGAACAACGCUUUGCGUCGACGCCUUGCAGAAGCCAUCGCCAAGGGAGAACGAGAACAGAAAAUGUCCGCAUCACGCAUCAAUGAGAUGCAAAACCGGCUAAGGAAACUAGAGGACACCGUUAUGGACGCCCAGCAUCACUCGGAAGAUGAGAUGGCCAAACAUGAGGAAGAAGUCCGGGCAUUAAAAGACAGUCACAGCGUACAGCUUAUGCGGGCCAAGAUGGGAAUCAAGACCCCGGUCUCUCUAUCUCCAAACCCUGCAGCCUCGCCAUUCUUGGGGGCACGAUCUCCGCGUCUUGAUGUAACGACAACUGGAGAAGGUGUUCCAUUGAGUGAAGCAGUCUCAGUAGCCAAGCUCGAAGUCAAGGUCAAAGAGCUUGAGAAGGCUCUCCGGGACGCCGAUUUCGAAAUGGAAGAAGUCGUGCAACGUAUGAACAAGGCGCAAAUUGAGGUUGCAGAACUACAAUCUGAUCGGGACGAGGCACUCCGCCAAACUCGCCGUCUCGAGGCCGCAAUCAAGGCUGAACGCGAGAAAGUGAAACAAUAA